AUGUCUCAGGUACCAGCUCAGACGCCAGUCAGGACGACUCGAGCGAUGGCCAAAGUGACGGGCGAGGUUCCUCACAAGCCCCAAUGGGCCCUUCGUCGAUCGCCAACAAAGCCAUCCACGGCGUUGCGGGGUGCUUAUGGCAGAUCAGUCACCCCUUCGGGAAGGUCGGACUCUCCAGAAGAUCUUUGCACGAAUCCAAUGGCACGUUUGCUGGAGCGUGCCCGCCGCAGAAGCAGUCUGGAGGCCUCGGAUGGGCUGGGCACAAGUGGACAAGCGGAUUCGCAGGUGGAAGACCCGCGCAAGCAAGCGCUCCGCAACUCUAUCAGCAGAGACUCUCCACCACCACGAGAUGAGCCUCUUGACGCGGGAAGAGGCGAGACGAUGGACAUCGUUGAUCCGAGUCUAGGCGCGCAUCGCGGUCCGCUCACCAAGACACCGGAAGCGAGGCACCUUAGGGGCAGCAACAGUAAGAGCUUUGCUGUCGAUCGGGUGACCGACGACAUCGAUCGGCUUUCCAUCUCUCCGCGCAAGGCGCCAUCGAGCACUGCGCGGAAGUUGCGCGACACUCAUCUUGACUCUCAGCCAGGCAAAAGCAAAGCAGACUCAUUGCCACCCGCAGCACGUGUGCCAGCCUCUCGAAAUCCAAAAUCGCAAGAUACGACGCCCGUUCGAGCAUCAUCGCCCGUCAAGCGAUCUGCUCUGCGGCCAACGAUUCUCUCCACAAAGCCCAAAGCGUUCACUUUGACAUCGCACCAACGCGCUCAGUCUGUGUCUGCUGACUCGGCGGGAGACGUACCCGCAGCUUCUCGAUCACGAGGCAGAAAGUCGCUCUACGCGGAGCAGGGCGCGCAGCCCUUGGUCAAAGGCGAGGAAUCCGAUGAUGAGCUCAACAUCAUCACUAAGCCCUCAAAGUCCUCUCGUGGCGCUUCCGGUCGACAAGUCGAGCGGACCUCGUCGCCCUCCACUCGUCCGAUCCUGCCUCGCCAGCAGUCAGAACCAGACUCGCCCCACGAUCGCAGACCGCUUCUCCCACGAAGCUCUUCGAGCCCUCGUCUUUCCGCGCAUGACUCGCGAGAGGGUAGCCUCCAAGCAAGACGGUACAAUCUCGCCAAGUCUCAUGGCCGCAUCACAGACGACAACGACUCGCCCCCUCCGUCGAGUAUGGAAGCGAACCACCAAAGCGCUCACCUGAGCGCACUUUGGCUCGCCUUCAGCAACUCGCGCCAGUCCGUUGCGAUGCGCGCGGACCCACAGCAGACGCACCCUCCUCGCAAGCAAGCAGAUCGACCUGGCGCGAUCCAAGUAACAUCCAAUAGAGCAAGCUCAGUGGACAUUCGCACCCCUACACGCGCCUCUGAAAGUCCCAGCGCACUCGCUGUGCUCGAAGCCAGCCUUGAGCGAUUAGCCGCGGCCAAGCGUCGCACCACGGGCAGAGCGCACUCCGAGCUGUUUGCCCCUUCUAAGCGCGAGAUGCCAGAGACCUCGGCCCCAAGCACUUUGGAGUCUUCGAGCCCUCUAAGCAGUCCUCGAUCCACGCUUGGAGACGCUACAUCGCCGCUUCAGAAUCGCGGUCUGAGCCCAAUCGAUGGAGCAAAUGGCCUCGUCAAGCCGGCCAGGCGCAUGCCUGCCGCAACGAAAGAGAGAGAGGCGAUAAGCCAGCAUGUGGCUGAAGCUCGUCAUCUGCGGCGUCGGCCUUCCGACCCGGUUCGAGCUGCCCAGGCAUACUUUGAGCGCGCCUUGCGUGAGGAGAGGGAGACUCUAGGUGCCGGUGGUGAAGAGGAAGAGGCAGUGUCUGCACCUAGCGAGGAGGGGCUGCUGGCAGGGAAGCGCGAAGCGAAACAGCAUCGUCGCAAGAGUGCAUACACUUACGUGCCAGCCAAGCGCGACUCUGUGGAAGACGCAGAAAAUAUGCGCCAGGAGAAGCAUCAACGGCCACUUCUCCAAUUAAGCGAUUCACACCAGUCACACCCAGAACGGCACGCGAUGCAGCUAGACUUGCAUCUGCUAGAUGUGAGGGAUCAGGAUGGAGAUGAUGCUUCUGGCUCUUGGAUAGAGAUGCUACGCGGCGCUGGUGCAAAAGUCACGUCGAGGGUUCCCUCUAUGAGCAGUCGAUCACCAAGCCACAUCGUCUACAAAAGCGGGCGACCAGCCACUCUUCAUUACUUUCGCGCGUGCGAUGAUCCCAAGCCCCUGCUCGUAGGUGUCAAUUGGGUGCUCAAGUGCUUGCAAGAGGCUAGGCGCGUGGACGAAGAGCCUUACUUGGUCGAGAUAGGCAAAGAAGCCGUCUUUCGCAAGCGUCGGAUUUCCAUGGCACCGCGCGCAGCUCCAGGUGCACUGCUCGAUGACCAGUCCUCCCGUGAGACGUCCCCCGAAGAGGUCGCAGCGCUCAAGGACCGCCGACUUGCUCUGGCGCACGCCCCUGCCGUCCCGAGUCCACUUGGUGCGAUGGCUUGGAGGCCUGAUGCGUCCACCGAUGGAAGCGAGAUGGCCUUCUGA